UUAUUCCCUGAUUACACAAUACAUAUACCUACCCAUACACACAUACACUGAUAGAUACCCAUACUCCUGUAAACCUCUACAUCUUUAUAUUGACACUAAUACUCUCACACCUUUAUGCUCCUACACCUUUACACUCCUAUACCUUUAUACACCUAUAUAUAUAAUGAAUUAUCUAUAUGGCGCAACAGAUACGAAAUUCAAGCGUAGGAUUAGUCCUAAAAAAGUAAUUCCGAUUCCACCACACAAAUUUCGUCGUACUCCUCUCUUGGAAAGGAGAGUCCACUUUGAUCACUCCCUGUGGCCCUUGCCGUUCCAUCACUCGCCCACACCUCUGCUCGAACUGUGUAUUGCCGCAGUCGAUGAGGUGCCCUUGACGUCGGUCUUUGAAUGGGACUGCAAGGCUGCACGACGCUGGAUUCUUCGCUAUGGAUAUCCCCAAUACGUGAACACAUUUCGUGUGAAUAAGAUCAAGGGCCGCAAGCUCCUGCUACUGGAUGCUGCCGCGCUGUCGGCAAUGAAUAUCAAGGACUUCGACCAUAUCAAACACAUUACCUAUGGCAUCCGGAUGCUGAUUCACUUUGAGCUGACCAAAUUCUCACACAGUAUUUCUCUGCCGGACGAGAAGCCCAACGAGCUCUACUUGCUGUGGCACACGCAGACGGGCGUCAACUAUGAUGCACUCAGGCGCUCGGACUUUUAUACUCGCAUGCGCCUCAUCCGCGAACGCUCUAAGAACUUGGAGCACUGGGAUCUUCUCGAACUGUGGCUGCGUAGGGAGCGUGAACACAACUUCAAGGAGCUAAUUGGGGGCAUGCCGCGCUUCAACAUGUACAUCGAUAUAUUUCCAAGCAAUAGUACCCUUGAAGAAGAAUCCUCGGAUGUGGUAGAUGAAACAGUGGAUUUCCUCUGUAGCACCCCGUCUGAGUUCGAUGCCCAGGGGCCUUGGCAACUAAAUUGUCUGAAAAAUGUUAAGUCAGGGCCAAAAAUAGGCUCUGAGCAUUGUUCGAAAAAUUGCAGCACCUGUUGUCCGCCGUGCGAGUGCGAUUGGUCACCGCGCCACUAUCUGACCGGCACGGUGAUCUCAUGUCUGAAGCGCCAGUUCCCCAAGAAGUUUGCACCGCUCUAUGAGGAUGCAUUACAAUGGCAGGAAAGUGUGCAAAUGCGCUGGAUGCGCUUUUCAAUUUAGCUUAAGAUUGAAAUUGCACCUGUGUGAAUGUACGAACUUUA